GAGAUAAGAAUAGCUUGAUUGAGAGCGAGUGAAAGAGUAGCUCUGUUUUCCAAUUUCCAGUAAUGUCCUUGAAAUCAAUCUGCUUCUCUGUUUGGCUCCCUAGCCCUUCUCCGAGUACCGCUGCUCCUGCUUCAAUCUCUUCCCCCUAUUCCUUUCCUUUGAGAAAUCCAAACCACUCCGUCUCCAAUUCCGGUUCUUCAAGGCCUCACCUGCUGCAUUUCUCGAACAAGCUCGACUCCGCGUUCUUGUCUGAGGAUGACGACGAUUCCGAUUCCGAUUCCGAUUCAGAAGCAGAGAAAUCGGAAGUUGAUAUAGAUGUAGAUGUAGAGUUAGAGAUAGAGAAGACGGGGUCCAACUGCCGGAGAAUCCGAUCGGAAAUCGGAAUAGAGGCGCCGCUCUCCACCGUCUGGAAUUUGUUGACGGAUUACGAGAGACUGGCGGACUUCAUUCCCGGACUCGCCGUCUGCCAGUUGCUCCAGAAGUCGGAGAACUACGCUCGGCUUUUUCAGAUUGGAGAGCAGGACUUGGCGUUUGGGCUGAAAUUCAACGCGAAAGGAGUGGUGGAUUGUUAUGAGAAUCCUGUAGAGAGCAUUGCUAAUGAUUUGGGGGGUCUCACUCUGAAGCGUGAUAUUGAGUUUAACAUGGUUGAAGGUGACUUUGAAAUCUUUCGAGGCAAGUGGUCUCUCCAACAGCUUAACACUAGUGGGGAAAUAGCAUGUGAUCCUUUGAUAGACCAGAAAAUGCAAACAACAACUACUCUUUCCUACUUGGUUGAUGUAAAGCCGAAGAUGUUGUUGCCGGUUCAGCUGGUUGAGGGUAGACUCUGCAAGGAGAUCAAAAUAAACCUAGCUUGCAUCCGGGAAGAAGCACUGAAAAUGACUCGCGAAACUCUUCUUACUCGUUAGUGACACACCUACUGCAUCUGAUUGACAAUAGUAAAUAUGCACCUUAAUACUGGAAAUUUUGGAAUGUGAUCUUUUGUAUUCUUUCUCCAUUUGAGUUCCACUUGUACUGUCUCCUACUUCGGAUGAUAAUAUGGUGACUGAAGAGUUGUAUAGAGUUGUGAAUUAAUAUGUAUAUUCAUACAUUCAGGAGCCAUGAAUUUGAGUA